UCUUUUAAAUCUUAUUUGUUUUUCUUUCCUGCUCUCAAUUAUAACCCAUUUUAUCAUUGUAAAAACAAAAUUUAAAUACACAUAAAUAAACAUAAAUAUUUUACAAAAAACAAUUUAUCAUGGCUGAAACAAACACUAAUACUUCAACAUCACGCAAGUGUUUUGCAACCUUGCUUACAACCGAUUCGUAUCUCCACGGCGCCCUGACACUCGCCGCAUCUCUGCGCACAACCAACACCAAGUAUGAGAUUAUCUGCCUAGUAUCCGACAAACAGCUCUCCGCGCCAUCCCUCGAUCGACUCUCUUCAGCAUUCGACAGGAUCAUCAAUGUUCCUGCCUUAGACACAAAGGACAAAGUCAAUCUGGCGCUGCUCAAAAGGCCUGAUCUCGGAUCCACCGUGACCAAGAUUGCAGUCUGGUCGCUGACCGAGUAUCAGCGCAUAGUGUUUUUGGACGCAGAUACAUUGGUGCUCCAGCCAAUUGACUCGCUGCUGGAUAAUAAUGUAGAGACUGGUAGUGGUGGGUGGGCGGGUCGUCCGAAUGGCGGUAUGCGGAGGAAGGGCUUGCUGGGUGCUGCGCCGGAUUUGGGGUGGCCGGACUGCUUCAACUCGGGUGUGUUUGUCGCACAGCCUGCCGAGGCCACACACGAGGAGUUGCUCAAGAUGCUUUACGCCCAGGGAUCGUUUGAUGGCGGAGACCAAGGUCUAUUGAACGAGUAUUUUAGUGACUGGAGCCGUGCCGACCAUACGCGCCGCCUGUCCUUCAGCUUCAAUACUACCUCGAGUAGUUUUUAUACCUACGCACCGGCAUUUGCGAGGUUCUCCAAUGACAUCAAGGUAGUUCACUUUAUUGGACCGCAGAAACCGUGGAAAUGCAGUCGCCCUGUCAGCAAAGCUGUUUCAGACAGUGCUGUUAUCGCUUCCAAUGGCAGCAGUGAUUUUGAUAAUGGUGGGUUGGGUAAACUUGUCGAAAAGUGGUGGAGUGUCCACGACGCAUAUGUGUCGACCCAUAGCACCAAUAUCGGGGCGAUUGCCAAGGUUGUCGAGGUUGCCGAUGUGUCUCUCAAGGGCAUGAUUUCUGAAAGUGCAAAGGAGACAGAUGCUAGGGUCGAUACCGUGGCCAAGGCAAGCGUCAAGGGUCUGGCCUCGUCACAUGUUACGGAUAACGCAUGGAAGAGAGAUAAUGGUGGGAGCGGUGGCAGCAGCAGCAACAAUGCGCUGAUAAAACAAAGCCGGGUAGUUGGAGUGGCAGUGGUAGAGGAUGACAGCUGGGGUGUGUUUACGCCAGCUGCCGAUUUUACACUGCAACCAACGAUAUCCAGAAGAAAAUCAAAUGGACUCUCGCCCAGAAGCAACUAGGGUUAUUUUUUUAAAAUAGUUUUAAUGAUACA